AUGAGUAUUUUAUUUAAUAGACAACCAGUGCUUCGAUUGCUAUCAGUUUUAUGUUAUAAUUGUGGACGACAGAAUGAUUUUCAUGGGAAAUUAACUAAUGAAAAUGAUAUAUACGUGCCAAGGAAGCCAUUUGUUUCAAAAAUCGAUAAAACGAAAGUUGAAAAGGCACCAUUUUUCGAUAACGAAUUAAUAAAUCACCUGGAAAGAUUAUCUUUGGUUCGAUUCUCAAAUGAAGAAGCUGUUAUUAAUUUAAGAGAAGCUGUGCAAUAUGCGAAUCAGUUGAAACUUGUCGAUACAACGGGUGUGGAACCUUUAGAAACAAUUUUGGAAAAUUUGGAUUGCCCUUUGCGAGAAGAUUUAGUUGAUGAUUGUACAACACGAGAAGAAGUCUUUAUGAAUGCAGCAACACUUGUCGAAGAUUAUUUUGUAACACCUCCUGGAAAUAUUCCAUUGGAGAGCUCAGGUGAAUUGAAUAUAGCAAUGAUCAAUGAAUGGGAUUGGAAUGCGAUGAGGCAUAGAGACAAAGGCAUACAGAAAAAUAUAGAUGAGAAAAAUGUAUGCAAUAAAUAA